GACUGAACCCAGGCAGACGGCUCACAGUCAAGGAAGGCGGCCUGCAGCCAGUCACCAUGGCUUCCUCCAGCGCGGAGAACCAGCUCCAGAGAAUCAUCCGAGAUUUGCAAGAUGCUGUGACAGAACUAAGAAGAGAAUUUAAGGAAGCUGGGGAACCCAUCACAGAUGACAGCACCAGCUUGCAUAAGUUUUCUUACAAACUUGAGUAUCUCCUUCAAUUUGAUCAGAAGGAGAAGGCCACUCUGCUGGGCACCAAGAAGGACUACUGGGAUUACUUCUGUGCCUGCCUGGCCAAGGAGAAAGGAGCCAACGAUGGAAUCCGAUUCGUCAAGUCGAUUUCAGAGCUCCGGACAUCUCUGGGAAAAGGAAGAGCAUUUAUUCGCUAUUCCUUGGUACACCAGAGGUUGGCAGAUACCUUACAGCAGUGCUUCAUGAAUGCCAAAGUGACCAGUGACUGGUACUAUGCAAGAAGCCCUUUUCUGAAGCCAAAACAGAGCUCUGACAUUGUGGGCCAACUCUAUGAGCUGACUGAUGUCCAAUUUGACCUGGCGUCAAGGGGCUACGACUUGGAUGCUGCCUGGCCAACCUUUGCCAGGAGGACAAUGGCAGGCGGCCCCUCUGCCUACAUGUGGAAACCCCCCAGCCGGAGCUCCAGCAUGAGCAGUCUGGUGAGCAGCUACCUGCAGACUCAGGAGAUGGCCUCCAGCUUUGACCUGAACAGUCCCUUAAAUAAUGAGGCGCUGGAGGGCUUUGACGAGAUGCGUCUGGAGCUGGACCAGUUGGAGGUGCGGGAGAAGCAUCUGCAGGAGCAGAUGCAGCAGCUGGACAGAGAGAACAAGGAGCUGAGGGCAACUGUCAGCUUGCAGGGAGAGCAGCUGCAGAUGGAAAAGGAGAGGGUUCGUGCUGCCUCUGAGGACAACGCACGCCUCACUUCCAUGCUGACUGAACUCCAGAAACAAUGGGAGGUCUCCCAGGUUGCACAGAACACGGUGAAGGAGCUGCAGAAGUGCCUGCAGGCCCUGGAGCUGGGAGCAGCAGAGAGGGAGGAGGAUUACCAGUCAACCCUGCAGCGGCUGGAGUCCCUGCUGCAGCCGCUGGCUCAGGAGCUUGAGGCCACACGGGAUUCACUGGGCAGGAAGACCCGGCAGUUAGCGAAUGUCCCAGAGCAGCUGGGCUCAGCUGAGCAGAAGUUAGAUAUGGCACUGGACACAAAGGAGCAGCAAGACCUCAUUCCCAGUGACUCAGCCCUGGAGGUCCAGAAACUGGGGCACAAGCUUCAACCCCUAGAAGGACUGAGCACCAAGGCCGGGGAGCUCCAUCUGCAGCAGAGUGCCCAGCUGGAACAGCUGACCAAGGAGCUACAGCUGAAGGAGGAGGCCCGGGCUAGCUUGGAGUGUCUGGUAAAGGAGAUGGCCCCUCUCCAGGAGGAGCUAGCUGGGAAGGGGCAGGAGGCAGCUCAGCUCCAGCAACAGCUACAGGAGUCACAGGCCCACUCGAGCUCACUGGAGGAAGAGCUGGCAGAGAUGAGGCGGCAAGAGCAGCAGCGGCGGGAGGAAAAGGAGCUGCUGGAGCAAGAGGCCAGGGCUCUGACACGGCAGCUGCAACUCCUGGAGACCCAGCUCGCACAGGUGAGCCAGCAUGUGAGUGACCUGGAGGAGCAGAAGAAGCAGCUCAUCCAGGACAAAGACCACCUCAGUCAGAAGGUGGGGACUCUAGAGCGGCUUGCUGGGCAGCCAGGCCCAGAUCUGCCCACGGCAGGUGGGAAGAGUGAGGUUCUGGACCCCCUAAACUCUACUCUACAACAUGCCUGCCAGAAGCCAGAGGAGGAGCAGAGGGGCCUGCAGGAGGGACAGAUGGACGAUACUAAGAUGCAAGGGAGUGACCAAGAGGAGAAGCUCCAGCAAGCCAACAGGGAGCUGGAGAAGGAGCUGCAGAAUGUGACUGGCCGCAACCAGCUCCUGGAGGACAAGCUGCAGGCCCUGCAGGCUGAAUACCAGGCGCUGCAGCAGCGGGAGGCAGCCAUCCAGGGCUCCCUGUCCUCCCUGGAGUCACAGCAGGCCAGUAUCCGGCACAUGGGUGACCAGAUGGAGGCAAGCCUCCUGGCUGUGAAGAAGGCCAAAGAGACCAUGAAGGCCCGUGUGGCAGAGAAGGAGGCCGCCCUGCAGAGCAAGGAGACAGAGUGCCAGCAGCUGCGGGAGCAGGUGGAGCAGUGUCGGCAGCUAGCAGAGGCCCGGGAAGGGGAGCUCAGGGCGCUUGAGAGCCAGUGUCACCAGCAGACCCAGCUGAUCGAGACCCUCACAGCAGAAAAGGGCCAACAGGUGCUCGACCCACCUCAAGACAGCGCAUCCCACGAGCUAGCAACCCAGCUGGCCCUGUCUCAGGCGCAGGUGGAAGUCCACCAUGGGGAGGCUCAGCGACUGCAGGCUAAGGUGCUCGACCUCCAGACCAGGCUCCAGGCAGCACUGGGUGACCAGGAGAAGGUGCAGAGCCAGCUGAGUGUGACUGAGGCAGCUCUGAGGGACCACAAGGUCCUCGUGCAGCAGCUGAAAGAGCAGAACGAAGCCCUCAACAGGGCCCAUGUCCAGGAGCUUCUGCAGUGCUCAGAGCGUGAAGGGGCGCUCCAGGAGGAGAGGGCUGAUGAGGCCCAGCAGAGGGAGGACGAGCUCCAGGCCCUGCGUGAGGAGCUCUCCCAGGCGAAAUGCAGCUCCCAGGAAGCCCAGGUGGAACACGCUGAGCUGCAGGAGCAGCUCCACCGGGCCAACACAGACACUGCUGAGCUCGGGAUCCAGGUCUGCGCACUGACUGCAGAGAAGCAGCAGUUGGAGGGGACGCUGGCCUGCACUGUCCAGGAGCUCCAGGCUACCAAAGAGGCCACCUCAAGGGAGCGAGAAGUCUUAGAAAGCCAAAUGGCAGGGCUGCAGCGAGAGAAGAAGAGCUUGCAGGAGAAGCUAAAGGUGGCCGAGGAAGCAGCCUGCUCACUGCCUGGCCUGCAGGCCCAGCUAGCCCAGGCCAAACAGCAGGCCCAGAGCCUGGAGUCUGCACACCAGGACCUUGACACCCUCAAGUUCCAGCUGAGCACAGAGAUCAUGGACUACCAGAGCAGACUUAAGGCUUCCAGUGAAGAGUGCAGGAGUCUCAGGGACCAGCUUGAGCAACAAGGCCUUCAGCUUAGGACAGCUGAGGAGACUGUGGGGAAGCUGAAGGCUGCGCAGGCAGAUAUGAGAGAGAAGCUGAGCUGCACUAACAACCACCUCUCAGAGUGUCAGGCCACUGUGCUGAAGAAGGAUGAGGAAGGGGCAGCCCUGCGCAAAAACCUGGACAGGACCCAGAAGGAACUCGAAAAAGCCAAAACAAAAAUCCAAGAGUAUUAUGAAAGACUCUGCCAUGAGGUAUCAAACCGGGAGAAGAAUGACCAGAAGAUGCUCGCUGACCUGGAUGACCUCAACAGAACCAAGAAGUACCUGGAGGAACGGCUAAUAGAGCUGCUCAGGGACAAGGAUGCUCUUUGGCAAAAGUCAGAUGCCCUGGAAUUCCAACAGAAGCUCAGUGCUGAGGAGAGGGGACUUGGGGACAUGGAGGUCAACCAUUGCCUGGACUGCAAGCGGGAGUUCAGCUGGAUGGUGCGGCGGCACCACUGCAGGAUAUGUGGCCGCUUUUUCUGCUACUACUGCUGCAACAACUACAUCGCCACCAAGCCCAGUGGCAAAAAGGAACGCUGCUGCCGAGCCUGCUUCCGGAAGUUCAGUGAAGGCACCGGCUCCCCUGACAGCACCAGCUCGGGCACUAGCCAGGGAGAACCCAGCCCUAAGCUGUCACCAGCCCAAGCUGGAACCCAGGCCACUGGAGGCCAAGAUUGCAGGCCUCCAGAUGAUGCCCUGUUUGAUAUCAUCACAGAUGAGGAGUUGUGCCAAAUCCAGGAAUCUGGCUCUUCCUUGCCCGAAACACCCACUGAAACUGAUUCUCUUGACCCAAAUGUGGCUGAACAAGACACCACAUCAAACUCACUGACCCCUGAGGACACAGAGGACGUGCCUGGGGGACAGGAUGCUGAAAUCUGCUUGCUGAAGUCCGGGGAACUGAUGAUAAAAUUACCCCUCACAGUAGAAGAGAUUGUCAACUUCGGGGAGGGCAACAGGGAGCUGUUUGUGAGGUCCAGUACCUACAGCAUCAUCCCCAUCACUGUGGUGGAGGCAGGCCUCACCAUCAGCUGGGUCUUCUCCUCCGACCCAAAGAGCAUCUCCUUCAGUGUGGUCUUCCAGGAGGCAGAGGACACCCCGCUGGAUCAGUGUAAGGUCCUCAUUCCCACAACCCGAUGCAAUUCCCACAAGGAGAGCAUCCAGGGCCAGCUCAAGGUCCGCACCCCCGGCAUCUACAUGCUCAUCUUCGACAACACCUUUUCCAGGUUUGUCUCCAAGAAAGUAUUUUAUCGCUUGACAGUUGACCGGCCUAUAAUCUAUGAUGGAAGUGAUUUCCUGUAGCCUCAAGCACCCAGAUUUUAAUACUUUCACAUUAUCCACAGGAAACACUACUCUUCCUCAAUUAUCAUAUAAAGCACUAAAGAAAGAAAGAAAGAAAAUUAAAAAAGAAGCAGCAGCAAUAGCUCUGAAGCUGAUCGACAGCACCUGUGGGAGCAGCCCUCCAGCUGCCCCCUGAGCUGCGUUGCCCCGAAGCACUGUGAACUCUGCACUAACUACGCACCAGCACUCUUAGCCCCAUGGCCUUUAAGGGCUCGAGCAACAUUUCUAUUGAUCAGGAACCCAACUGUCCUAACACCCAAAGGGACACUCUGCCAAAAGUUUACAAACUGAGGAGACUAUUGGCCUCUUGGGGCAUACUUGGUUACAGGUCUCUUGUAGAGAGUUUUGUAGGCCAGAGAGGAUUCCAACUUCUGCCAGUGGAGAGAGAUGUUCUCUUCUGCCCGGCUGGGCAUCCUGGGUGACUGGGCGCCUCAGCCUGCAUGCCCUGGCCAGACCCUCUGAGGCCCUGAUGCUCCCAUGAGAGGAAGCCAGAGGGCCACUGUGAGUCAGGGCACCAGGACACCCUCCCAAGAUCCCCGUCAGCCUCUCUGCCAUGCUCCUGGCCUUCCCUGCCCCAGGUGGUUGCAGGCUGCUCCAGAACUCAGCAGUUUUGGAAGGACAUCUAAGCUGCACUUCUUGGCCCUUCUGUCUGGGCAAUCCUGUCCAUAAGUCGAGCCGUUCACACCACCAGGCCUCUCAGCUACUCAGAACGUCACCCUGAAAAUCAGAACUGAAAAUAACCCAGGAAACAGAGCCCCCCAUUGGACUGAGGGCUUGCUGUGGUGGUCUGUGUACAGCAGGCUGAAACCCAAGUGAUGGCUGACAUCAGUGCCAUGGCCAAAAAUCAGGCUCGUGCAUCAGCAUUGGGGUCUCCCUCCUGGGCUGUUGGCCUGUCUUCACUUAUAUAAAUAAGAGCUUCUGUUUCACCUGCUGAUAAUGUUUACUAAUUACCAUAAUCAGGGUAAGAACCACUUUGAAAAAUUAGGACCUAACAAAAGUCUUUGGUGACAAGUGUAAACAGGCAUAAUUCAUGAAUCUGGUCUUUGGUCACUUGUUGGUGCCCAUGGCCCACCUGCCAGAUUCCCCAGUAUCCAACUUACCUUCCUCCUGCUGCUCAUCCUGUACCUGACACCAGGAGACAUCUAGCCUUGGGGCAGAUGAAGCCUUCCUUUUCUGGACAAGGUGAUGAUCUUCCUGUUCUUGUCUCUUCUGUUCUGUCCCUUUUCUUCUCCCACCACAGAGAGCUCACCUGUGAUGGACUCUUUGGGCCUUGUUCCCAGAGGCCAGCCACCUGUAGCCGCCAGUGAGCAGGGCAUCGGAUGGAGCAGCCCACUUUGGUGGCCUGAGGACAAGUGUAGGACGGGGUAUCUGAGAACCCAAGUACCAGACCUAGCUGCUCCUUCAGCUAGCCUGUGGCCAAGUUAGAUCACCUCAAGACUUUGUCUGACUGUUGUUGACAACUUGAGACCGGGUCAGAGACCCCCAGGUCAAAGCAAGCACAAACCCCAUACCCACCAUGCCCCAGGGGAGAGGACUCUCUUGGGGCAGGGGCAGGAGGAAAUAACCCCUGCAGGGGACUCAGACCUUUUGCCUAAAAAGGAGAUUUAUGUACCUGUCCGUUUAGCUGGGGCCUAGGGAAUGGUGAACAGAACCUUCCAGAUAGGUUAGCCAAGAGAAAAGCUGGACCUCUCGUGUUCUUCUUCCUUAGAGUAGCCACCUCUGCCAGAAAGCCAUCAGCAUCUCUAGCACCUCCUGAAGGUUCUCUACUGAAACAGAAACCAUUCAGGUGAUCCGAGACUGUAGCAGUGCUUGUCUUCAUAAGCCUGUCACACAGCCUGAGGAUUCUUCCAGAGCAAAGUGUCUACCCUCCCUUGUGGAAAGGAUUAUCAGAAGUAGCUGAUUGACCACAUGAAGGAAACUAACAAUUUAAAGAACCCAGAGCAAAGCAGUCUAGAGUCUUGUUUCGAGUGGCUAGCAUUCUUAGGAUACCAUCAGACUCUGGCCAAGCUAGUGGCCUUCUGCUGGUGUCACCACCAUCAUCUACAGCCAGAACCAACAUUUAGUAAGUAGGUGAUAUGUUUCCUGUGAAAGGCCUGGGACAUUCUAUCAGACAUCACUUGGCUCCUGGGAAGCCAACCCAGAAGCACUUCUCCAGUAGAGCAGGUGUCCCUGGUGGUUUGCACCUGAUCACAGACUGCAGUUGUGCACAAAGACCUUUGUCGUAUUCAGAGGACCGCUCGGUCCCCAGUGGUCACAGCCUGCCGCUGUGGCUUGUUUACUCUGUGGUGGACGGCCCUUGUCCUCGCUCCUCUGCUGUGUGAGCUCCAGCUUGCUGUGCAUGAGGCCGCCAGGGAACACCUGGGCCUGUUUUGCUAUAGCCUGUAGACAUAGCUUUAGUCUUAUUUUAAAUAGGUUCCCGUCUUUACUGAGAUUUGGGGCUUAGGGAGACUUUAAAAGUUGCAAACAACCAUGGAAAACAGCUAUUGAAAAUGAUAGUCUACCAACCAGUAGACUGAAUUACACUAGAAAUCAACAGGAAGGAAAUAUCCUUCCCAGAUUAUGCUUUUUAAAAAAACAGCAGCCCCUUGAUGGCCCAACUCUGAAUAACAGUCAGUUCCUGUUUGUAUUGAUACCAGCCGCCUUGAUUACCACUGCCCCAGAAAUCACUAAUCAGCCUCACCCAAGAGCACAGCUCUGCCGGGCACACACACCCUCAACAGGGCUUCUGGGAGAAAGUGUGACCUCGACAAAGUUCUGCUGACUUGAGCCCACCGGACCCCAGGUGGACUGGGACAACAGCAGGCCAAGAAAUCACCUAGCAGGAAUCUGGUACUGAAAAAUCCCACCAAGUUGGAACGUAAAAAUGAAAAGCCACAUGAUACAACUCAAGAAAUGAAGGGGGCAGUCUUACUGAAAAUUUUCACUUGUCACCUAAGGUGGUGAAGCCAUUCUAGACUUAGGAAAGGAACUCACACUUCAGGGUGACAUCUCAGAGUCUGUUUUAAAUGCUAACAUGAUGGUUACAUAUCCACUGGGGCAAUUUUAUAGGAGUUUCCUUUUCUAAACCCCACUUUGGAAACUGCCCAUGUGAGCACACUCCCCUGGCUCAGAGGUGUUGCAAAUCAGCAGAGAUGACUCCCUGCUGCUACUCAGAACCCAGGGCUGCCUGCACAGAGACUGCCGAGUCAGUCAUCCACGUUUACAAAACACCCAAGCAAGGGGCACUUGAUUGAGACCCCUGAAUCACUUUAUUGUGAGUCUUCCAAGCAAAGAGGAAGAUUGGAUUAAUACUUUUCCCCUCUUAAGCACUUUUUUGAAAUAUUAGGGUAUAUCUUUAAAUUUCAGGGGGCAUUGCUGAUAAAAAAGCUUCUGUGGGACUUUACCACGUGUUCUCCAGAGAUGGCUCAGCCCCUAGGGGCUGCUGAGUGACACCCAAGCCUCCUUUGGCUGGCUGCAAAAUCAGAAUUGCACUUUAAUUGACUAAUCCUCAGUUCUUGUGGCCUUAGGGAUAGUGGGUCCGAGAGCUCAUUUCAUUCUUAUCUGCCAAAGAAUUACCAGAAGCACAUCAAAUGCCAGCACCCCACCUGCAAAGUGGGGUUGAGAAACUUUUGUUUCCCAAAAUAUAUUCCUUUGUAGUGUCUACUGCGCCAUUUGGAAAUGUUUUUAACCUUAGGAUUUUAAAUAAAGCCAACACUACGACAUUGACAGUAGCGUUGUCUUUCAUUCC